AUGGUACACAGCGUAGCUAUCUCCCCCAGGAACAUCGAGCUCUUAAACAAAAUUAUCAGGGAGCUAUUAGCAUCUCUAGAGCGACAAAUGUUAGAGUUCGUCGAGAUACUUUUGGAUGUCUUGAUACUUCCGUCAAGCAACAAACGAAAUUUAGUCGUCUCGCUGGCCGGUGGGAAUAAAAAUCUGGCAUUUGAUGAAGACGAAGGUAUGGGUUACUAUGACCUAGGAUACAAUAACAUAGUUGGAAUGAUUCAUCUACGAAACAUGAUUUUGGACUUUCAGAAACAGAAUAGCUCAGCAAACAUUUCAGAAGUUGAUUAUAUAUUACAAGUACUACACCAAGUGGACACUAUACACAAUUACUUCAUACACAUAUUAAAGUGUCUCAGUCUGCAUGUAGAAGUUCCAAUCUGUACAAGCAUAUACAAGACCACCCUCGCUGUGAUGCUACCGUACUUCGAACAGAUGUUUUUCAGCAUGAAAACAUUCUACAAUAUAGUAUGCUCAUUACUAGACGAUGCCCGCAAAACCGGCCUUUCCGAUGAUGACAUAUUUCAAGUGGACAGUGAUGUAUUUGUUCAAAUCCAGCAACUGAAAAAGCUCGACCACCAAUUCAAUGGGCUCAUCGCCAGUCUAGACACCAACAAUUAA